AUGAAGAAAAUAGCACCUUUAAUAAUAUGUGGGCCAUCAGGGGUUGGUAAAGGAACAUUAAUAAAAAAACUUUUAGAAGAAUUUCCUCAAUUUUUUAGAUUUUCUGUAAGUUGUACUACUAGAAAAAAAAGAGAAAAAGAAAAAAAUGGAAUUGAUUAUUAUUUUUUAAAUAGAGAAGAUUUCGAAGAAAAAUUAAAAAAAAAUUAUUUUCUAGAAUAUGAUAAUUAUGCAAAUAAUUUAUAUGGGACUUUGAAAAGUGAAUAUGAUAAAGCAGAGAGUGAAGAAAAAAUAUGUUUAUUUGAAAUGAAUAUAAAUGGAGUGAAACAAUUAAAAAAUAGUGAUUAUAUAAAAGAUGGUAUUUAUAUUUUUGUAAAACCACCAAGUAGUGACAUUUUAUUAAAUAGAUUAAGGAAUAGAAAUACAGAAAAUCAAGAACAAAUUAAUAAAAGAAUGGAAGAAUUAAAAAGAGAAUUAGAUGAAGCUUAUAAAAUUGAUUUCAAUUUCUAUAUAGUUAAUGAUGAUCUAACAAAGACAUAUGAAGAACUAAAGAGCUUUUUAAUGAAAUCCUAUGAAUAUUUAAAAAAAUGA